AUGGCGGACACUGAGGAGGUUCGAUUUACGUACAACCAAGAAAAGAUUGUCUACGACGUCAUCAACGGAAACAUCGAUGUCGGUUUCGUUCGAACCGAUAUGGUCCAGCUUAUGGAUGCUGCAGAUUUGGUGCCAGAAUGGCCUCUACAGGCGUUUCCCCACGUCCCGUCGGACCUUGUCAAGGAAGUGGUGCGUGCCCUUAUGCUUAUCAACGAGACCCACGAGGCGGCCGUGUCCGGCGGGUACUCCACGUGGGAUGUGCCUCUCUCUUACGCCGACCUCAGAACUCUACAAGUGCAGCUCGGGGUGCUGGACUCCGAACAAGGGCAUUGCAUCCAGUCCGAGAACGUGUACGGGGCGGUAGUGUGCCCCGAAGGGUUUUUCAAGAUCGCCGAGAAUUUGUUCGACUCUAAGUGCACGGAACUCGGUAGUAAGUACGCCUAG